GGUACAUAAAGACAAUAUUGCGUUUACUAAGGUUAUCAGUUGCUACUGUAAUGACGUUUGAAAACGCCCUUUAAUUUCUAUGCGUCAGCAUUUCAGUGUUCAGUGCAAUAUAUCAGACGAGAGAGGCCGUUCAAAUUUUAAAGCGUGAUUGUUAAUGUGAGUGGGUGCAGACAAAUUCCCAAAACAAAUGCAUCAGAUUAAGGAAAGAGAAGAAAUAGACUAUGGAAUACCAAUGUUUGAUCGAUUUUUGCACCUAGUGGCAUAAAGUGUGUGUCUUCCAAGGAUAAGCACAUUUGAGUCAUUUGACGUAUUAAUAAACCAGAGAGAACGGGGCAACGAGGACACAACAGUGACAAGUGAGAAAUUGAGGUUCGGCCGGAUACAACUGACGGUUAAGGAAUACAGCACCAUGAGAAGGCUAAUAUUUGUUGUGAUACUGAUUGUACUUAGCAGUUAUGUUUAUGUUGAAGGAACUCCACUGAAUGUACGCUACUGUCUUCAGUAUGGAACAACAUCUACUACAAAUACCAACAAUCAGGUAAACCAGGACAGUUCGGAUGACUAUGAAAGCUACGACGAGCCGGCAGACCCAACAGAUGAUGCAGUUUUUGAUAAAAAUACCUCCACUGUGGUUGCAUGUUCCCGUUAUGCCACCUUUUGUUAUGCCUUAUGGACAAUAGAUGCAGUGAAGAAUACCACCAAGGUAGUUGUUCAAGGAUGCUGGGAGCUAUCGGACAAAAAGGAAACGUGUCUCAACAAUGAGUGCAUUAGCUCUAAGGAAACGAAAAGUGGACACUUUUUUUGCUGCUGUUCGGGAGAUAAUUGUAAUGGGAACUUUAGUUAUGCAUCGAAUCCUAUUCUUGCCGACAGUGCCAGCAUGGGCACGGACAGCGAAUAUACACCGUUUGCUCCGUACACUUCGAUCUGGAGUUCACCAACGGUUUAUAUUUGCUUUGCCAUGGUUGGCAUUAUCUUGAUGCUGAUCAUUGGUUUCCUCACGUGUCGCACGACGACGAAAGCUGUUUCGGAACUCGCACCUCUGGCACCAUCAGGACCGGGUUACAGUUCAAACUUGUACAACGUGGAUAAUUUGAAGCUUGUGUCCAUGAUUGGUCAGGGAAAAUAUGGAACUGUAUGGAAGGGCGUUGUCAACGAGCAACAUGUGGCCGUGAAAAUUUUUACAGCUCAACAUAGACAGUAUUUUCUGAAUGAAAAGGAUAUAUACGAUGUUCCUCUAAUGGAAUCACCAGCCCUACUAAGCUAUUUCGGUUGUGAUGAACGUAGAACAAUGGACGAUCGCAUUGAAUAUCUCUUGGUUCUGUCCCUGGCUCCGUUAGGAUGUCUGCAGGAUUGGUUAACCGAUAAUCGGAUGCCUUUCGGAAUUUUUUGCCGGAUGGGAAAGUCGAUUGCCAAUGGACUAGCUCAUUUGCAUACGGAAAUUCGCAAAGGAGAUCUGAUUAAGCCGUGUAUUUGUCACCGUGAUCUCAAUUCGAGAAACAUAUUAGUGAAAGCUGAUUUGUCUUGCUGUAUUUGCGAUUUGGGCUUUGCAUUAAAAACCUUCGGACCACGUUACGAAUGUCGUGGUGAAAUUGCUUUAGCUGAAACGAAAAGUAUCAAUGAAGUUGGUACGCUCCGGUACAUGGCUCCUGAAGUAUUGGAAGGAGCUGUGAAUCUGAGAGACUGUGAGUCCGCUUUAAAACAGAUCGAUGUCUAUUCUUUGGGGUUAGUACUGUGGGAACUGGCAACAAGAUGUGAUGAUUUCUAUCCAGAUGAAUCUACUGUUCCGGAAUAUAAGGCCCCCUAUGAAGACGAAACUGGAACCAAUCCAAACUUUGAACAAAUGCAAGUUUUAGUGUCACGGAAUAAAGCAAGACCUAGAUUCCCCAUGAACUAUGAGAACAGUGUGGCAGCUAGAGUUGUGAAAGAUACCUGCGAAGACUGUUGGGAUCAUGAUGCUGAAGCUCGUCUGACAGCACUUUGCGUUCAGGAACGUAUUCAAGAAAUAACCAUCAUGAAUCCCAAAGCGCAGCUUCAUAAAGGACAAACUCCUCCACUGAGCACAAAUAACCUUAUCAUCGCAACCCCAACUGGUCACAGCAAGGUUAGUCCAACGGCUGUGUCAUUUAUGACCCCGCCUAACCAACAGAUAAUUCCUCACACAAAUCACUACUGUGAUACAAGCACCGGUUUAGUAAACCAUCCAAAGAUAGUUAAUGUUCCAGUUGAUUCCCGACAAAAAAUCAUUCCAAAUGGGUUGCAAAGACAUAACAUCAAUGAUGCCUACAUACCUGAUGAAGAAGAUAAGUUUAAGUCUUUAACUAAUGAUCUUCAGCCGGAUGUAAUGUUCAGUAAUCCUCGUGGUCUACCAAAAUUGGACAACAACGAAACGCAACGCAAAAUAAGAGGCUUGAAUAGCGUCAGAGCUAUGCUUCAGAAAACCUUUCAGAAAUCUCAACCUUACGUCCAGCAGGAUUGUGACGAUAAAUCAAAUCUAGUCGUAAAUUCUCUCACUUAUACUGUAAAUUUAGAAAAUUAUCCAUCAGAUCUAGUCCAUACGAAUGCAACAAGCCUUCACAUAAAUAUGAUAAACUCUGCAGAUAAUGACAUUGAAAAGCGAACAGUUGAACGCCCAACCAAUCUUGAUCUCUCCUCUGGUAGCGGUCGCUACGAGCAUAAUCUCAUACGAUCCGCUAACGAGAGCUCCAAAUUCAAAACCCUCGCUGAUGAUUUUACAAGUCAACCCUUCACCAUGAUCCAAUCAAACUCACCUAACCCAAAACUUCGUAUUGUGGUGUCAAAGUCGGCGAAUGCAGUAAAAAAUCUCAAUUCUAGUAGAUCAAGCCUGAGCGAUCAAGGAUCGGAGGACAGUAAAUUUAUGAAACGUCAGCGUUCGUUGGAAGUAUUCCACGAAGUUUUCGGACCCAAAGGCAGCAUUGAACGAUUGCGUAACCCAAGUCAACGGGUCAAGACUCCCGGCGAUGUACCGCCUUCGGUACGGAAGGUUCGAGCAUCCAAGACCCUCUCGCUGUAUGAUGAUCGCAUGAUGGACACAAGCAAACUAGCCAACUCUGUAUAGCAUGAGGAGGUGCUUCUGCUAGAACUGUAAGACCGCAGCGAGGGGGUACUCAUAUAGGAAAGACUUAAUAUACGUGAAAUAAAGGAAAACACAAACAGGAUAGUCUUAAAAUGAGUAUUUAGGGUAUACAUAAUGUUCUAUACUACUUCUGUUUUUUUAUUCAUAAAAAAAAUGAAUUUAGAAGUAUAGGUAAAACGCUGCAACAUUUCUGUGGCUAGUCUUUCUGUUUGAUGGUAUUCCAUUUUGGAAGUAAAAUUGAAGUUCUCAACCAUACAUUAAUAUCUACUUAUUAAUUCAUCAGGAAAAAACUAUGUAAGCCGGUAACACAUUUUGCCAGGUGGACAACAGCAAGUAAGUCAGUCACAUGGUAUUCUUACCCAGCACAGAGACUUUUUUUUGUAGGAAAGAUGAAGAAUUUCUUGAUAAAACGCACUAAACUAUGACAGUGAGAGUAUAUUGAAUGAUAAUUAUUAAUCAAAAGAAUAAAACACUGAAGUAUUACACAAACACACAUAA